AUGGGAGCUGAGAAGAAAUGGCUUUUUACAUUGUUCUUCGCCGCAUUCAUCUCCCUACUACUGUUUAUCUCCUCGAUCUGCGGUUAUAGUUCUUCAUACGCCUUCACUUCACACAAACCCUUCUCCACCGUCCACCGUGGGCGCGGCUACCCGCCGGCGUUCGCUUACUACAUUUCAGGUACCCGCGGUGACGCCGAUAGGAUUUUCCGGCUGUUGCUUGCGGUGUACCAUCCGAGGAACAGGUAUCUGUUGCACAUUGGAACGGAGGGUUCCGACGAUGAGCGGAGGAAGUUGAGUGUGUUGGUGAAGUCGGUACCGGCAAUUAGGGCUUUUGGGAAUGUUGACGUGAUCGGAAAGCCUGAUCCAACAACAUACAUGGGUGCCAGUAACAUUGCUGCCAUUUUGCGUGCUGCUGCAAUUUUUUUGAAGGUUGAUCGUGAUUGGGACUGGUUUAUAACCCUCAGUGCACUGGAUUAUCCUUUGCUAACACAAGACGAUUUGUCUCAUGCAUUCUCCACCAUCAACCGAGAUGCCAAUUUCAUUGAUCAUACCAGUGAGCUUGGAUGGAAAGAGGAUCAAAGAAUCCGACCAAUCGUAGUCGAUCCAGGACUUUACUUAGCAAGAAGAACACAAAUCUUUCGUGCCACUGAAAAACGACCAUUACCAAAUGCUUUCAAAGUUUUCACAGGAUCUCCAUGGGUGAUUUUGAGCCGUUCGUUUCUUGAAUAUUGUAUAUUUGCAUGGGAUAAUCUCCCUCGGACUCUCUUAAUGUAUGUUAACAAUGUGGUUUUGGCUCAAGAAGUCUACUUUCAUACGGUGGUCUGCAACUCACCUGAUUACAAAAACACGACAAUCAAUGCGGAUUUAAGGUACAUGGUGUGGGACAAUCCUCCUAAAAUGGAGCCAUUGUUUCUUAACAAGUCGCAUUACAAUGAAAUGGUGGAAAGUGGUGCGGCUUUUGCAAGACAGUUUGGGAAAAACGAUGCGGUUCUUGACAUGGUUGAUAGGAAGAUCUUGAAACGUGGUGGUGGGAGGGCGGCACCCGGGGCGUGGUGCACCGCUAGGAAGAGCUGGUUUGUGGACCCGUGUUCACAGUGGGAUGAUGUUAAUGUUUUGAGACCAGGGAAUCAAGUGAAGAAGUUUCAAGAGGAGUUGAAGAAUCUGAUGGAGGAUUCAAGAUUACAGUUAAAUCAAUGCAUAUGA